AUGCCUGUGCAAGGAAUUAGAGCAGUUACCACUGCCAGAAACGGCGUGGGUGCCUUUAUUUUGCAAUGCAAGCGUUUGGACUUUCACUACUGCGACUGGGCUGGCAGUUCCCGCGGGAUGGUAGCUUUCUUGAAGAACACUCUUCCCUCCUUCGCCAAAGCCAACCCUCAGAUUGAAAUCCGCGUAUCGCCACGACCACACAAGCACCCCGUAGUCAAGGGCCACUACAUCAACGGACGUGAGAAGGCGGUCUGUGUUCGCAACCUCGAGCCCGAACAGAUCUUCCAGAAGGCGAACCUGCUUAAGGAGGCCAGCGGCGAGAAAUUGAAGCGUACCAAGAAGCCCGUCACAAGUAUCAACGAGAGUGUCAGAGGCAUCUGGUCCCCGUAUCACGGAGACGUUAAGACUGUCUAA